AUGAUCAUCCUACCAGCUGCUGCUGCACCCGCUCAUCUGAUACCUCACAAUUGUGUUUCAAGCACUGUUAUUCCGCUCUUCGAAGAGGACACAAGCCCUGCAUCCCCGAAGACACCAAGCCCAAGCGUCGAGAACCCUGGUGCGGACCAAAGAGUGACUAAAGACGGGGACGUGUGGGUGGUGCCAAACGUUGGCAGAUUCUCCAAACGAGCCGUGUACGCAUUCGAGGGACACUUGCUGCCCGAUGGUCUCACAAAGAGCAACUACAUUGUUCACUGCAGGGAUUCGGAUAGCAUUCCCUACAACGAGCGAUACGACCCGGCAAACGUUCGGUGCUCCAAGGGAUUCCUCCGUUUGGCAGUUCCAGGAGGCCAGAAACCCUCGAAGCAGAAUGGCUAUGCAAUCAGCUGCGCUGAGGUAACGACCGUGGAUGAAAACAUCUUGUUCGGAAGCUUUCGAACCACUGCCAUGUUCAGCACGGAACCCGGCACCUGCCAUGGCAUGUUUUUCUAUAAGAAUGACACCCAAGAGUGUGAUAUCGAAUACUUGACCGAUCCAGCAUCGCUAUCGAACAACGGCCUCGACGCCCCAAUACCCCUCUGGUACACGAAUCAAGCCGUGGAUCCCACCAAGAUAGACAAAUCGUCCGAAAGUGGACCGGCUCCGCCUAGCUGCACAACCCAUGCCCAUGAGUAUCGAAUUGACUGGACGGCGGACUUCACAGCUUUUUACAUUGACGGCGUUUGUCAGAAAAACUUCACCGACAACAUCCCAAACGUGCCGGGCCAAAUGGUGUGGAAUAACUGGGCGAACGGUGAUAAAGGUUGGACAGCUGGACCUCCGAAUCGUGACAAUGUUUUCAAGAUCCAGAAAAUCGUCAUGUACUACAACACAGCAACCAAUGAGUCAGGUGAUUGA